AUGGAUCGAAAAGCGGUUUUUAUUUUGUUUCUUAGCGUGUCUGUAAAGUGUCAAUCUAAUAAGGAUUUAUACAAUGGUCAGUUUAAUAAGGAUUAUUAUAAUACACGGACCCAAGAUUCUAUGAGAGAUCAUAGAAUCCCUAAUCCAGGCGACAGUGAUUAUAGAACGUAUGUGUACAAUAAUCGAAGAUAUGGGGCAGAUCCGUCAAGAUACAAUCCAUAUAAUCCAAAUAUUAAUCAGCCUGGUGGAUUUCCAUACAAUCCAAUUGUAACCAACCCUUUAGAUGAGCAGUUUAAGUUCAAUGCAAACCGUGACCCCAACAAUCCAGAUGCAUUGUUUCCUGGUGUUCUUGGUGGAUGGAGAGAAGACCUACAAGGCAAAGAGAGAAGGGAUUCAAGACAAUUGAAAAGAGACAUCUUUGUCAAUACUAACUAUGGACAAGUACAAGGGUUUAAAGUUUAUUUGUAUGAUAAUCCAGAUCCAGAUUCUGGAUACAGACCAUGGCUUACUCCAGUAGAGAGAAUACAGGGUGAGGCAUCAGUGUUUUUAGGAAUACCAUAUGCAAGACCGCCUGUACUUGAAGGCAGGUUCAAGCCCCCACGUCAGCACCCAGGGUGGCAGCUUAUUCAAGCAGUAGACUGGGGUCCAGCUUGUCCACAGCCAGUUAGAUUUACUGGUGCUACAAAAGGUGUACGAGAUAUGGAUGAAGACUGUCUCUAUUUGAAUAUUUUCUCGCCAAAUACCGAAGCUGGUUCAACAGCUCAAAAGUACCCAGUGAUGGUAUACAUUCACGGAGGUCAAUUCACUUCUGGUGCAUCCAAUCUGUUUCCAGGACAUAUGUUGGCGGCAUUCUAUAAUGUUGUUGUUGUAUCUUUUAACUAUAGGCUUGGCGCUUUGGGAUUUUUAUCAACUGCAGAUGAGAAUUCUCCCGGUAACUAUGGUAUCUUGGACCAAGCGGUAGCUUUGCGUUGGGUUCGGGAUAAUAUUGAGCCAUUCAAUGGUGACAGUGGAUCUAUAACUCUCUUCGGGGAAGGUGCUGGUGCAGCUUCAGCUGGGUUGUUGGCUGUGGCGCCUCAGACUAGGGAUAUUGUUACACGGAUAAUUGCACAGAGUGGUUCGGCACUUGCUGACUGGGCGUUGAUCGAAGAUAAAUUCAGAGUUCAGAACACAUCACUUGUGUUUGGUAGACUUUUGGGAUGUCCCAUAGACUCUUCGUGGAAACUUGUCAACUGCCUUCGUCAGGGAAGGAGUUUUCACGAGCUGGGCAAUGCAGAAUUUCAGCCCCAAGUCGGAUUCAUCCCCUGGGGUCCAGUACUCGAAAAUAACUUCACGUUCCCUGGAGACGGCUGGUAUGAAGGCUGGCGGGAGAGGGACUGGCAUUUCUUGGACACUACUCCAGAUCAGCUCAUCGCCAGACGCCAGUUUAACCCCGCCUUGAUGUAUAUGACUGGAGUUACUACACAGGAAGCGGCUUAUUAUUUGUACAAUAACAAUUCCCUAGCGCCUACAUACGAAAUAUCAGAACAGUGGUUCAAUAAUAAAGUCCAAGAGCUGGUCCUUCGGUACAACUACACACUAAACCCUCGCGGUGUCUACGAAGCCAUUCGGUAUAUGUACACAUAUCAUCCGGAACCGCAUAAUGUUAGCGCUAUACGUGACCAGUAUGUGCAUCUCCUCUCGGACUUCCUUUACCGCGCUCCGACUGACAAAAUAGUUAAGCUAUUCUUAGAACAAAAGGUUCCCGUAUAUAUGUACGUGCUCAAUACUACAGUAGAGGCCUUCAAAUUACCCGAGUGGAGGCAGUAUAGCCAUAAUCUAGAACGGGUUUUCCUCACGGGUGCCCCUUUUAUGGACCAAGAGUUCUUUCCGAUGAGGCAAAGGAUCGAGAGACAAGCCUGGACACCAAAUGACAGAAAUAUGAGCCAUUUCUUCAUGAAAGCUUAUUCUGAUUUCGCGAGAUUCGGGAAUCCGACCCGUAGCCGAAUUCUGGGCGUACAUUUCGAAAAGGCUGAAGCGGGACAACUCCGUUAUUUAAACUUAAAUACAACCUAUAACUCCACUAUUCAGCUCAACUAUAGACAGACGGAACUGGCUUUUUGGACUGUGUAUUUGCCCACUGUCGUUGGGAGAUUUGUGCCAACAUAUCCCCCUAUAACUGAGUACUGGUGGGAGCCAAAACAACCCCUUCAGAUCGCAUUCUGGUCCGUCUCUAGUGCUUGUCUUCUCUUAAUAGUGCUUUUGGUCGUCUGCUGUAUGUUAUGGAGGAAUGCUAAAAGGUCUAUUCCGCCAAAAUGGAAGCUUAUACCAGCAAUAGAAACCGACCGCUUCUACAACGGUGAUAUAUUUAUGGUGCCCGAGAUAGAGGAAAGUGGCAUAGAUAACACAAAUCGAUCCAGAGAUAAUAUCUAUGAGUAUAGAGAUGUGCCGAUUAAACGAUCUCAAACACCACAAACCACUAUUACCAGAACAUUAAGCCAACCAGCAACCAUACAAUCGUCUCGUCCGCCAUCCGAAGCUUCAACAGAAUCGGCCAUAUCCCUGAAAGAAAGCAUGGUCUCUCGAACUCCGGACCCUCGUAUAACGCCCGUGCCUAGAGCCAGGUCUAGGACUAAACUUGUCGAUGGGGUACCACAGACUACGGUGUAA